GAAGAAUGUAGGUCCUCUUUAAAUACGGAAGUGACGCGAAGUAGUCUUUCCCAAGAAGGGCACUUGAUUAAACACUUGAAACGAAGAACGGAGAGAAAAUGGAUUUUGGGGAUCAUGUCUACACGAGCACCAUCUAUGACUAUCAAAGCCCCUCUGACUUCACGCAUAAAAGUGAGUACAGCGAAAACGUAGAGUUUAAAUUACGCCAGUUCACCUGGACACUCACUCUGCCCCCCUAGCAAGUGGACUCCAUCGGGAAGUACUUAGGGAGCAUGCUUAAACAAAACAUCACUUUAAUAUAACCCGUAUAUAAAGGGAGUAUAGCCCGUUUUAGAGUUAUAUUGUCGUUAAAUGUUUUCUUGUUUGUAUGUUUCUCAUUCUUAGUGACUGAUAGAGAAGUUGCAGACUUUGUGAGGCUAAGGAUCUCAAAUACAAACCUGUUCUCUGGGAGAAAAAACUCCUCCAUGGUCGCCUGGGGGUAGGUAUGAAAAAAAGAGAAUUGUCAAAGCAUGUGGAGCAAGACUUCUCUCUCUGUCUCUGUCUCUCUUUCUUUCCUUCUUUCUCUCUCUCUCUUAAGAUUAAGUGAUUGACAUGCGUACAUGUUCAUAUUCUUGGCUUCCAAUUUUUGGCUGAAAUCCCUUUGGAGAAAACACAACAUAAAGCUCACUUCUGACCCUUUUUAUUAUUAUUAUUAUGCUGUGAACUGGAGCACUCCUGUAAUUAUUAAGAAGUCUGUUAAUAAAUAAAUGAAUCAAGACGGUAGAAAAGUGUUCAAAUACAUAUCUUGCAUACUUGGUAUAUUUUUAAUGUUCACUAUUUCUCCUUUUAGAGAGUGGGCGUUACCCAGAGGUAGUCUGGUGUAAAAUUAAUUCAGGGUCAAACACACCAUAACACUGAGUUAGACAUCCCCCUUAAGAGAUAUAUGUUGCAGACCACUUGCUUCUCGAGUUGUACCAACUUUAGUAAUGACCGCACAAUAGCAAUACACAACAGUCUGAGGAGCCACACACUAACCUCAACCCAAAAAACACUCUAUAGCCACAAAUAAUGCUCAGAACAGCACCUAACUUCAUCAACAGGACAUAUAGGGUCCUAGCCACAGCACUAGCCACCAAACAUCUAUUUAGCAUUGCCUAAUUUCUUUAGCAAAGAGACUAAACACAACUCACCUAAUCUCUUCCGGCAGCCUCUUGUUUGUGGUGAGACCUCAGGCCCGUCCAUUACGGACUGCUGUGGGGUGAUGCAGCCUCAGGAAGAACAUUUAUGAUCGUUUCUUUAUCAUUUCCUUGAAGUAGUAAUCGCCAUAUUAAUCAUUUUGCACUGCAGACGCGGUAGUUCUUCUGCCUUAGCAUCUCAGUCUGUUUGCAAUUCCAUGAAGAAAUGGGGUACACCUGUCGACUGCAAGGCCAAUUCUUAAAACGUUUCAGGCUGCUGUCUUUGAAAACCUUCAUUUCAGCUUCCAUGUGACACACUUUAUUUAAGCCACUAUCCCUUUAAGGAACCCCGAGUAUUGCAGAACUCAGCAUUCUUGUAGCAUCCCGUACAUGAGCAAAAUUUCAGAUUAUAAAGUUGAUGUGUGUUGAAUUAAUCCUCAAAUGAGACUACAAGCUGCUCUGAAUGGCGUGUUCAGAAUGUCACAUGAGAAUUCAGUGAAAUCACAUUCAUCACAUUUUUCACACCUAAAUCACAGUGUGUCAGUUCUGAACAUGUAAUAGCUAAUGUUUAAUAUCAACCCUACUCUAGUUUUUAGGUUUUUUUUAUAAACAUUUACUUUUGAGAAGAACUGUUGGAGUUUUCUGUUGAACAAUGAAUACUGUCAAAAUGAAUGACACAUUGUCUGUAGACCAAUUACUUUACAGUGCUUGCUUGUGCUACAAAUAACUUUCAGGGCCAUCCUCGAACACAUGAACCUGCAACACAAGAUGACUUACCUUCAAGCAUCCAAAAAAUGGGAAAACUUGAAGAAGAAAUAUAAGGUAGUGUUUUUUCAUACCAGUAUUAUUCUGACAUUCAUCAACAUGUUUAUACGAAUCUUGCUAAGUUCUUUCUCUUUGUUUCCUCAGGAGUUGAAGCACCCUCCAGAAGGCGUCCAAGUGAUCCCUGAAAAUUGGCGUUAUUUCAAACUGAUGGACGACGCCUUGGAGGGUCGGCUGGAAUGCGACGUCCCUAUCCUCAAGAACCUCAGCAUAAACAAAGACGUCGGGGAUUCCGGACCCGUCAGACCCAAGAAGAGAAGGUUACACACGGUGAUGAACUCAGCCUAUUUAGCAGGAGGGUCAGAGAUUGAGGUCUCCCUAAAUGGAGAUAAGGACGGGGAGGAGUGGGCUGCUCAGGAGGGAGACGAAGACUUGGAUCACAUCAUGCAAGAGGUGGACAAUGAGAGGGACAUGAUGGACAGCGAGCGGCUGAUGAUGGAAAGAGAAAAACAGAUGAUGGACAGGGAGCGGAUGGUGCUGCAGCGGGAGAGGGCAGUGCUGGAUCGGGAGAUGGCUGCCGUGGAGCGAGACCGAGCCUCGCUGGAGAGAGAGAGGGCCACAAUAGAGAGAGAAAAGGCAAUGCUGGAGAGGGAGAGGGCGAUGGUGGAGAGAGAGAGAGCAGAGGUGAGCCGAAACAAACUGUCUCUGGAGAGGGAGAGAGCGAAACUCGCAAGGCUUUUUGCCACAAAAGAAAGAACAAUGGGUGAGGAGGGAACACAGGACGGCAGCCAAAUGAAAGACUCAGAGGACACAAACAGGAAAGAGAGGUUUCUCAACUUGUUUGAAAAACUCAUUGACAAUUUUUGAUUUUUUUCUUAUUCUUUUUUUUUUCAGCCCUGAGCAAAGAGUUUCCAACUUUGCUGCAUCUGAGAAAUAAAAUGAAUAGUCUAGCAUACGUCACCUUCAAGUUUUUCAUGAAAAGGUUGAGCUGCCCUUUCCAAGCAACUUAAUUCAACUCCAUACAAAAGCAAGCUGUUAGUGUCGACCAUAUUCACAAAAGCGGCACUCCUCUCCUAAAGCAAACAGUCUUCUUUAGAUAAACUCUUUUAUUACAGACUUUUUGUAUGGCUGUUGUGUAAUCCUUGUUCUUUAAAGAGGCGGUAUUCUGCGUAUUUAAAAAAGGAAAAGCCACAUGAAAAUUUAUCAAGAACAAACAGGAAAAGUUGAUUGAGCAGCAUGCCAUCUAUUCUGAAAACAGCAAUCAUAUUCUAUUUCUCAGUCACUAUUGUUGCGGUAACAAGCUAAAGAAACACACAACAAUAAUUUAGUGAACUGUGACUAGGCACAGUGUGUAGAAAUGGGAACACUUUCUCAUUUCUAGCAGCAGACACCGUUCUAAAACACUCCCUUUUUUACCCUUUUGAUGUCAAAGUGACAGUGGCCUUCGAGGACUAGAAGCUCCUGUGAGGUAAGACAACCAUGGUUGUAUAUUUGUCAAGUUUUUACCAUCAAAAACUUACAUUAAUGCCAAGUUUUUUGUGCAAAACAAAAGUAACAUUUGGUUUUUCUUACUGAAAAUAGAUGAAUAAUGUUGUGACAAGAAAAACUGCUGGCCACAAAGAUACAAGUCUUAAACUGUCUCACAUGAACUGACAGGAAAGGCUAAAAAAUUUCUGCACAUCCUUGAAAUAUAAGAGUAUUUAGAACCCCAAUUUAAAUGAACCCUUAAUAUCCAGUUUAAAAUCUUAAUAGAUGAAGUGCCCUUGUAAUGCAGUUGAUUCAUGUUGUGGCCAUCCUUACACACAUGAGCAUGCACUGCGAGAUGACCCACACUAAGGAAUCUAAAAAAGGUAUAUUGAUUAUGGCGCCAUCUGCUGGGUAAAGUGACAGUGACAUAAUGAAAUACGUCUCAGCACACUUCUUACAUGCCGAAAUUUUGGUGUACGCUGAACUUUAAAGCUCCUGUAAAGAGUUUUUUGACAUCUGUGCAAUAGUAAGAAAUUCAUAUUUAUGCUGCCUUAUGAGGUCUGAAAACUAAACAAAACCAUCUCUAAUAUGAUUGAUCAAUGUGUUUCCCCCACUUGUGAGGGGGUAGGUGUCAGCCAUGAAGCUGAAGAAAAAGUUUUUAUGCUUCACAGAAAUUAUUCAUAAUAAAUUAUGCAUUUCACUGUCAAAAGUCAACAGAUAGAUUUUUAGUUAAAAGACACUGAUGCAUUUAGAGAAUAAGAUGAGCAAAGACUACUUCGUCGCCAAAAGGGACACAACCCAAAAGUUACUCACAGGAGCUUUAAUUGAAAAUGAACUGUAUACUUUACCAUUGAGAUCAUAGUUAAAAACAAAGAUCCACUCCUUGUUCAGAGAGGUCUUCAAAACAACUUUAUUCACUUGUGGUUAUUCCAUACAAAGCACACAAUAGCAAGCUGUUGGCAUUAAUCUUUACCCCCUCCACAAAAUCAACACCCCCCCUCCCAAAUCAACCAAAAGUCUUUAUUUGAUCAUCUCUACACAUUGAAGUCUUUAGUUUAGGCUACUGUGUACCUUCAAAACAUCAGCUUUUGAAAUCUUACCUACCAAAUAUUGCAGUUCAUGUAAAAAAUAUUUUUUUUCCACUUUCAGAAUAUAUAUUUUUAUAUUACAGUACAGACUUUACAACAAGUGAAUGUGUUUAAAUGCUUCUUUUAUUGCAUUAGAUACUUAAUUUGCCUUCAUUAAGCUCCAGCUUCAAUAAGUUUAUGCUAGUAUACAUUUCCAAAAAAUGUUAGAUUUGUCAUUAAUAUUAUUUUUACAAAAGAAAAAAAAAACAUACUCAAACAUUACUGGUUGUUUCUUGCCAGUUAUGAACAGACAUCAAUCAGAAACAUACAGGUGAGAGUUCUUAAUAAACUGUAUUCUCCGAA